AUGUCGCAAUCGCAAUUCAAAUUCGCCAAUUCUGAUGCCGAAGUGCCAGGCAAAGGUGUCCUUCCCGCGGAGUUUACCAUCAAAACACCAGCUUCCACAGAUAUUUGGGCCAAGCCACCUUCCACGAUCUCCUUCUCGGCCCCGAUUCUGUAUAAGUCCGUGCCGCUGAAGUCAUUCAAGCGGAUCCGCGUCGCCGUCACUGGCCUUUGGGAGAAGAAAUAUGACCAGGGUGGUGUAGUGCUCGUCCUCAAUACUGCUGGUGGUGGCCAGAAGUGGGUGAAGUGCGGCAUUGAACUCACCCACGGCAAACCCCACCUCAGCGUCGUCGCCAAAGAUAACUGGGCGGACUGGAGUUUGCUUCCAGUGCCUUCAGGUAGUGGUUCGGCAACCCUUGAACUGGUCAGGGAAGAGGACAACAGUCUGUGGAUCUAUCUUGUUGAGGGCUUGCAGAAGUCUCCUAUCCGGGAGGUCACUUGGAUCUUUGAACAGGAGAAUGUGGAGGACUUCUGGGUUGGUAUCUAUGCUGCCCGGCCAUCAACCGAGGGCGGGGAGCUUUCUGUCAAGUUCAGUCAUUUGAUCAUAGACCAGGAAUAG